AUGAAGCUUAUAGUUUCAAAGUUAGAAAGUAACCACCCACUUCUCAAGAUUACAGGGCUACGUUUUCUCAGAGAUUUCAGGCGGAAGCCGAACGUUGGAGAACGGCCUCCUCCAUCGCUAUUUAAGAAGGGUUUCAUGGCCAUGGAGAAGUACACACAAAUUUACAAAAUUCUCACAGUUCUGUCAUCGAAUUCUGCUUCCUCGAUACCAUUGCAGCUGUUUGAGCAAUCUGAUUAUAGCAAUUCCGGCAAUUGUGUGGAAGACACAAAAGUGGAGGAACAGAAAGAAGAAGAAUUCAGCAUAUUGGGUUACGCCAUGUACUUGAAGAGAAGAAGAGACAGGGAGGGCUCUGUGGUUUCUGCUCAGAAAAGGCACCAACAUGAAUCAUGUUCAUCAUCGCCUAUGGAUUUAGAAGCCAGGAGAAUGGCAGUUAGGGAUUGGGGAAAGCAACCUUUAGCCACGAUUGAUCCUGAUCUAUGGGCUCUCAUGGAGAAGGAGAAGCAGAGACAAUGGAAAGGGAUUCAGAGGGUUUCCGAGAAUUUUGUGUGUCAAGCUAUUCUAGAAGCUUUAGGGAGUCACCUUACGAACAAGUAUUCAGAGGGUUUGCCUGGUGCUAAGUAUUAUGGGGGAAACCAAUUCAUCGAUCAAAUCGAACUUCUCUGUUGUGAAAGAGCGCUAGCUGCUUUUGACUUGGAUUCUGAGAAAUGGGGUGUUAAUGUUCAGGCCUAUUCAUGGACUUCAGCAAAUUUUGCAGUGUAUACAGGCCUUAUUUUGCCUAAAGAUCGAAUCAUGGACCUUCAUUCUCCAUCUGGUGGUCAUUUGAGUCCUGGGUAUUACACAUCCAGUGGCAAAAAGGUAUACGGUGGUUUGAUUUUUUUUGAGAAGACCAAGUGA